GCACCCGAUGAUGUGGUAAGGUAAGGGUAGUGCCAUGCGCUGCCUUAGCCGACUUGAAACUCUCUCCAUGGCUCUAGCCCUGCUAAUAAACCCAAGAUCUGGCGCUAGUACAUUCGAAAAUGGAAUAAUACUGUGCGAAGAACACUACAACAUGCGGUGUGCUUCACAUUGUUUUCUUACAUCGCGAAGCCUGCCAACUUGCUGUGCCAUUACAAAGUACAAUUUGUCAAGCUGGAAGCCAAGAAUCAGCUGAGCUGCCACAGUAAUCUAUUUCCACAUGGCAAUCGGCAGUAAACAACGCCGUGCCAAGGUCUUACGCCUUUGUCUGACAACAGUCGUUGUUGGUAUUAGAUGCUCUCGCGUGGUUACGGGAUGAACGGCGGACUGCCAUCAGCCCAGAAUGAAGAGAUGGCGAGUUGGAUCUCUCUG